AUGGCACGUAAACAUUGGAACACAUGGAUGAGAAUAGCACUCGUGCCGAUAGCGUUAUUGACUUCCACAAUCGCAGAUUUCACAACGGAAUGUCAGAGGCCGUGUGACUGCAGAUGGCAAUCGGGAAACAAAGCCGCCAUCUGCUCAAACUCAAGCCUCAAAAUGAUACCUGCAAACCUGAGCAACGAUAUUCAGAUACUAGAUCUAACUAACAAUAAUUUAAUGCAACUUCAACAAGAAGCUUUUAAGAAAGUAGGCCUUAGUAAUCUAAAGAAAUUAUUCCUUAAAGAAUGUAACAUAGAAGUGAUAAAUAAAGCAGCGUUUGUUACUUUAGCUAUAAUGAUUGAGCUUGAUCUAUCGAAGAACAGGAUAAGAUAUCUGCACCCAGACACGUUCAAAGGUACGGAGAAACUAAGAUUGAUAAACUUAAGCAACAACUUCAUCGAUAAGUUAGAGGACGGUAUAUUCCGCAAUUUGAAGUUCCUGCAGAAAGUAGAGGUUAGCAAUAACAGGAUCGCACGAAUCGGGACUAAGACGUUUGUGAACUUGCCGCAGCUGAAGAUUCUCAGGUUGGACGGCAACAACUUGAGCCACAUGAAGCCGGAAACUUUGAUGGCGCUGAGAAACUUAUCCGGUCUAGAUUUACACAACAACCCCUGGCGUUGUGAUUGUAACUUACAGACGUUUAGAGAUUGGGUGAUCACUCAUAACUUAUACACCCCGCCGACAUCGUGCGCUGAGCCUCAGUCUGUCAGGGAUAAACUUUGGAACGAAUUAGACUCAUCAAACUUCGCUUGUCGGCCUACAAUACUGGAACCCCUACCGGACACAACUAUCAGGAGUUACGAUGACAAUGUGACUUUGUCCUGCAAAGUCGUUGGGAAUCCUAAUCCAGAAGUAGUUUGGAAAUUAAAUGGAAAAAUUAUAGAAACAAGACUGUUCGGUGAAUUAAGAUAUGUUAUCACUGAAAAUACAAUGGAUUUGAUACGAUGGGUGAAUCUGACGAUUGUUCAUGUCAGAUACAGCGAUAGGGGAAAUUAUACUUGCGUUGCUGAAAAUCCUGGAGGCAGAGAUGAGAAAAGCCUAAUGCUUAUUUUAUCCAAGUAUGGAGGAAUUGGCACUAUAGCUGGAAUGGACACAGAUUCAUUCGCAAUAUUAAUUGGAUGUGUCAUAGCUAUACUAAUAAUAUUCUCUACUGUUUUGUUUAUUUGUUAUUUUACUACGCAAAAUAACGAUAUUAAAAGACUGAUUAAAACCGAUACUCGUUCAUCUAAUGGAGAAGCUUUAAUAGAAGGUUCUGUUGCAUCUGAAGGAGACAAGGCUUUGAAAGCAGAUGUUAAUCCUGUAACAAAACCUCCGAGGAAAUAUGAAGCACCUCCGUCCUUUACCAGUGACGUCACAGAGAUGUCCGAACUCAACAAAACUUUGUUAGAAAAUGAAUCUGUUUUAGCAUCCAAGGAAGACAAUCUUCGACGUCAAGACGUGGAACUUCCUAAGAUAUCUCACGAUGUCCUUCUCCUCGACCGGCUGGCGCAAGAGCAUCGCGCAUACCCCCCGGAUCUCCUCUCCUUCCCGCUUAGAGGAACCCCUCAAGUCUCACCAGGAGUAUCAGGACAAGACAGAAUCUACCAAGGGAAGACAGAGAGCCCGAUCAAAUCACCCAGUUAUGGAGUAUCAGCCAUAAACUCAUCCAUGUACAGCAAAUUCCAAAACCCGAAUUACGAAGGAUCAGUACCACUUAUGAGUCCAAAAGGUGGAUACGUAACACUUCCCAGAAGACCAAGAAACAGUGUGCCGGAUAGACCACAAUUUUCUGCUAUAAAUGGAGUUAUACCAUACUACGAGUUCAAUAUGAAGCUGUUUAGCAAUGGCGGGAACUACCAUAGUUUGAAUAAGAGUGAAAUGGAUUUGGGUCCAGUAAGAAAGUUGAGUUCACACUUUGAUUCUGAAGAAAUUGAACCUGCCCCGUCUCCAGCGCCCGGUACACCUCAUGCUACUAUACCGAGGAGUAGUUUGAGUUCACCAAAUAUACAUAAUCAGUUGUUGGCACUGCAAGCGAUGGCCAUAAGUAGUAGAAUGUCGAAGAACUCUGAACAAAGACCUUUGCAAGUCUUGUUGGCUGAUAACGAUGGUCUACUAAAGAAUCCUAUACGUGAUUUGAGAGUAGGUUAUAGUGUUAAUGUAAGUACGUUAGGUAGGAACAGAACUGCGCCCAAACCACCUCCUAGACCGAGAAUGAGGAAUUCUUGUGAAGUGACAGAUCAGUUUCUUCUUAACUCUGGAGACAACGCUACUCAAGUUUAA